AUGGCGACUCAGAACACGCGCUUCGACCUACCGGGCUUUAAUUUGCCCCUGGAUUUCGCUCCGCGCACACCACACGAUACCCCAUUGUUAUUCCCCAACGCGCUACAUGAGGAGGAUGUUGAAUAUGGAAGGACGAGUCGGGCAUAUGUGCACCGAGAAAUCCUCAUGAUGCAAGUGAUGAACAGCAUCACGGAUAAACCUGAAUGGGAACGAAAGGUUUUCGACGACCAGAUUAUCACGAAAUGGCGAGACAAGGUCGCUGCCAGUGGCCAGGAUAUCACCCCCAACAUGAUGGAUUGGAUCAUCGCCGAACUCCGAUGGAAGGCCGAUUUGUACCGCGAAACUGGCCAUGUGGUGGCCUUCGAAUCGGGGGUGGUGAAAUCCGAUUCUGCCAUUUCCCGAGAGCUGAAAGAGGCCUUGCGGAAGGCCGUUCAGCCCUUAGAGGAUGUCCCCGAGGAGAAGAAAGACUACCACCCUGGCUCAGACAACAAGGUGGUCGAUCUGGUGCACCCGUCUUUAUUCCCCGUGAUCUACGGCCGUAGUCGCAUCCUGCCAGAUCGCCUGAUCGGCGUCGACAACUGUCUGAACAGCAUCGGACAGGGUCAGCAGCUUGCAGUACCUCCGAAGGCCUCGAGAGAUCAAACAGAGCUUGAACUAGGCCUUUUUCCUCGGCCCUUUCGGCACGGUUCUCCGGUGCCCGAUCCGUACAGCCGGAACUUCCAAUGGAUGCCCUGCGAUGUGGAGUUCACAGAGGAUCAAGGAUGUCGCAUUGUAUCAUACAUCAAUAAUCUGCAUCCUCAGAGACAUCGUCCCCUCUAUGGAGUCAUUGAGAAAAUUCUCGCGAAAGUCAUCCCCUUGUGGGACGCGACAUUGACCAGGGUGGAAUAUGAAGACAAGCCCCGAAUACCGUACGAGCGCGUCAAGUUUCUCGAUCAUCCGGAUCCAGAGCCUGAGAUGCCUGCGGAUGACGGCGACAGCGACGCAAUGGAAGAAUACUAUGAAAUGUACGACGAAUGGGAAAAUACAACCCCGAUCAAGCUUCCUGAACCGGGCCGGUUCAAACCUCGUCAUCCUAAACCGGAACAUGUAAUCAAUCUGCGCGAGCAGUUUGCUGGGCACGGUUUGCAAGUGGUAGUCAAGCUGGCGAAUAUCGAGCUCACACCUGAGAGUCCGGACUAUGACGGAGGAUCCUGGCACGUCGAGGGCCACACGAACGAGCACAUCUGCGCGACCGCAUUGUACUACUAUGACAGCGAAAACAUCACCGAGAGCCAUCUAUCCUUCCGGCAACGAGCAGAGGGAGACAUCCAAGACGUCCGCUACCCCCAGAACCAGCACAACUUCCUCUACAAGGUAUUCGGCUUCCCACCAGAGACGCACUCCGGCGAUGGUACUACCAACGUCACCCAGACCCUAGGCAGCGUAUCGACACGCGAGAACCGCCUUCUGACAUUCCCCAAUAUCCUGCAACAUCGCGUGUCGCCGUUCUCGCUGGUCGAUAAGUCUAAGCGGGGCCAUCGCAAGAUCCUCGCGUUUUUCUUGGUGGAUCCGCAUAUCCGCGUUAUUUCUUCGGCGAACAUCCCGCCGCAGAACGAGGAGUGGUGGGGGGAGAUGCGUGAAGCAAUGGAUCAGCUGAUGGGAAGUCGGUUGCCGGUUGAGUUGCAGGCCAUGGUGAAUGAUCAUAUCAACAGUGGUCCAAUCAGUAUGGAUGAGGCUAAGGAACAGAGACUUCGAUUGAUGGAAGAGAGGAGCUCUGUGGCAGUGGUGCAGAAUGAACAGUUUGAAACCGGGAUGUUUAACUUGUGCGAGCAUUGA